AUGUUGUUCCCUCUCAUCAGCACCGUCUGGCUACUUCUCUCGACCGGAUUCCCCACGGUCUCUGCCGCGGCCUCCUCGUGCGACCAAAAUGUGCAGAACGAUACCAUUGCCUUUUUCAGUAGCGCUCCCCUGACAUUUGGCUAUAACUUCCCGUCGAUGUCUGACUGUGCUACGCGGUGCAGUCAGUGGGAGCGUUGCCAGGCGUGGCUGUUCACUGAGCCCGGCGAAUGUCAGCUGUAUCGCCGGCCCGCACUGGCUACCGCGAGCAACCCGACUUUUUCCUACGGCGUGUGCGGAGAUACUGAUCCCCUGAGCUCCACGAUCAACGCAGCGGCAUCCCGACUGACCUCGGUCUCGAUGAAUCCGUCGUCCAGCUCGCCCAUGGCAAGUCUCUCGGGAUCCCAUGCGGCAGUUCCUUCAUCACACGAGGCAUCAGUAACACCUGGUGCUACUAUCGAUGCUGAACAUCUCAGAAAGCAUAAGCGCUAUGCCGGCAGUCACCACCAACAUGGGCAUGCAAGGUAG